AUGCCAUCUACGAUAUAUGGCCUGCGUGUCGUGUGCUGCUCUUCGCUGUCGGCCAUUCCUCUGCCACGUUGGGAACAGCCUGAGAGCCGGAGCCCAACGACUUGCAUACCAGACCGCCUCACAGUUCGCUGCCAGCCACCUCGCCGCGUCGAGGCAUUUCAAGGAAAGACAACACGAAGUGAAUCUACAAAGCGAGACCCCAUCCGUGGCUGCGGGUGCAACGACAGCAAACCAUCUCCCUUCACCGACCUUGGGCGAGUUCCUCCAACAGGCCUGCAAACCCUUUGCAGCGCGCGGCAGCUUCUCAAACAACCAGUCCCCUUCCUAUUUUUCGAAACACUGACCCGCUGGUCCCCCGGCCUUCUGAGCAUCUCGCGGGAUUGGCUGUCGUGCGCGUUUCCUCGAAUAGACCACUGCGACGCUGCGAAACAACUGGCAAGCGACGAAUCGUCUGCCGCUCUUCUUGAAACACGCCCGCUCUGGGGGUUGCUUUUCUUCCGCUACUCGAGUCUCCCGUGUCGACCACUCGCAGCCGCCGAACUGGUCUGCUCCCGUUUCUCCUGCCGCUCACCGCUGUUGUAG